ACGUUAUGCAGUUGUGUUUUCAAAACUAAAGCGCGACCACUCCGUUGAUUUUUAUGGGGAGUGUUAAACUUUUUAGUGAAAUAGUUGUUCCAGUUUAUAUAUAGGUGACAAAUGAAUCAGGACCCCAAAUAAAAGAGUCUUUAAGUUAUACUACUUUAUCGAUUGCAAUUUACAGCUUCAGCCAUUUUAAUUAAAACGGAACGAACCUUAGCUAGUGCUCCUUUAGCCGAAAAGCAAAUAAUCAACUGUACUAUGGAAGAAAAGUUAACUGCACCGGCGGAUUUCCUGACAUCGGGUGUUGCAAGGCCAGCGCAGCGGGACCUGCUGACUCCCUUGCAUUUCACCCAUUACCCCAAAUCUGCCCCUUCUGCGGCGAUGGCAGAGCAGAGUCCAAGGAGGAUAAACCCUGGUCAGACAACCUCGGUCGGUCCGGGCCACAACAAUCCUUGGAUUGCAAUUGCUGAAGCAAAACAAGAGAUUUUGGAAUUGCGACGAGAAAACCAGAGGAUGACACAGUUGCAUGGGAGCCUUUCUGGGGGACAAAAUCUUCCAGAACCAGUUAUGACAAGGUCUAGAUCAGGCACUGAAAGUAUGCAGUCAUGCAGCAUUCGCAUGGAGACAGAAUGGAGGCUGGAGAUAGAGAGACUGAAGGCUGAAGUGGAGAGAUUGAGGGGGCAGCUGGAAGCCCUAAAGGAGGCAUCAGGCAGGCAGAGGGAGGAGAUUCGGGACCGGGACAGUGCUCUUAACAGGCAGAGCAGUGAAUUGCAAAAGGUGCAUUCAGAAUUGUGUCGCACUAAGACUGAACUGGGCCAGUCUUUAGCUGAACUGAAUCACAACAGAUCGGAACAGGACAGACUGUCUUUAGAGCUGAAAAAGUUGAAGAUGGAAAGACGGGAGGAGCGAGAGAGGCUGGAAGAACAGUUGGAGAGGAGCAGGAUGGAAGCCCAUGCAAUGAAGACUGAAAGGGAGUUUGAGAGGCAGGAGAAGGACGCAGCUGGAAAGCUGGAGAUGCUUAGGAUCAAGGAGGAAUUUUCAGAAGCACAGAAGAAGUGGAAGUCUGAGCUGCUGGAAUUGUCUACGAUGCAUCAGACCGAGGUGUCGGUCCUAAAAGAAGCCUGUAGUGACCUGCAGGACAAACUUAAUAGCUCCAGGCUGGAGGUGGUCCGGCUGGAGACUAGCUUGCGGCAGGCGUGUGAGGACCAGGAGAGACUGAGAGAGGAGUUAAGCAAAUUGGGGAAUGCCUUUGAUGUUCAGUCAGCCACACUGCAGAGUCUAAGAAAUUACAUCGGGCAGGUUACUCCAGGAAAAUGUGAGGAGGAAAAGCUGGCUGUUGUUGAGAAACUGGAAAAACAGAAGGAGUCUCUGCAGGUAACAGUGGAUCUCCUAACUGUAAGACUGAACUCUCUAAACGAAAUACUGGAGAUGCAGGAGAAGGAGAUGGAAGAGAAGAUCUCGUUAGAUCCUCUAUCGAAAGAUAGUUAUAAGGGUCAUAAAGUGCUGCAUUGCUGGAGAGAGAAAGUGUUUGCAUUAUUGGUGCAGCUUCGCUCCAAGGAUAUCCAGCAACGAGCAGAGAAACACAAGCUGGUCACUACGAUUUCAACAUUACGAGAGGAGUUGAAGCAGCAGACCUGUCAGACCAGUGUCCUCCAACACAGCCUACUGGACAAAAAUGCUGAGUUAGACUUGGAAAGAGUUGGGAAGCGGAGUGUGGAACAGGAGUUGGCGCAAAUUCAAGAUGAAAAUGUGAAGCUGAGAGAAUCUGGUCAUGAGGCAAGAGCAGCUUUUAAGAAAGUUCUGGAUGACAUGACAAGGUUCAGUUUAGUUUUUGAAGCCAGAGGGACUGAGGUGCGGACGGCUCUGUCUCAUCUCUUCACUCUAGGCCAGAGGCUUACUUUCGCUAAAAGCAGAGUAGAUACCAUCCAAGGACUGUUAAUGAGGAAGGAAGCUUUGAGGAAGGUGCAGUUUUCUAUGAAACAGGCACAGCCUUGUACUGCAAGGUCUUCGUCUAACAACCUGGAGGCAGAGCUGGCAUGCAUGAGUGCAGAGAGGGACAGGCUCAUUCAGGAACUCAAGCGGACUCCCAGCCUCAUCGAGGCAGCACUUAGCGAGGCGCACCAACAGUUUGAGUCUGAUCUGAGGCAGCUGAAGGCAGCCCAGCAGCAGAGCCGUGGGGAGGCCGCAGAGUCUGGGCGGAGGCUGCAGGAGGCCCAGCGGGAGCUGGAGGAGCUCACGGAGAGCAUCGCCCAGCUCCGUGCCGAGCUCAGCAGCCAAGAGGAGCAGAGUGCCCGAGUCCUGAAGGAGAAGCUGUCAGAGACAGAGAGCCAGAACGCUCAGCAGUUUAGAGAGAUGGAGGCCCGGCUGAAUGCAGCCAGGCGGGAGCACACCAAGGCAGUGGUGACCCUGAGACAAUUUGAGCGGCAGGCUGAGAGGGAGAGGGAGCGUGACAGAGAGAUCCAGUCGAUACUGAACCAUCAGGUGAAGAAGGAAACGCAUGAUUUACAAAGGCGGCUGCAGGAAACAGACCGAGAUCGAAACCUCCUUUUGGCAACAAUACGUGAACAUGGGCUUCUUAAGCAGUACAAGAAGGCCAGGACUGCAGCACUUAAGACGUCCACGGCCCUGGCAGAGGAGCCGACGCGAAUCGGCCAUGCUUUUACUGCAGACACACCACCACUGACGAAAGAUUCCCUGCUCUGUGUUCUGGGCGACCUUCAGGCUUUGAGUGCCGCGGUGACCAAAGACAGCGAUGGCUCUGGAGAAGAGGACAGCCAUACCCCUGCUCCUUCCUAAAAGGCCUCAGGACAGUUAGCGUAAGGAGUAAUGCACCUGCAGCCACUGUGUCAUUUUGGAGAGACCAAAAUUAUUAUAUUUUUGAUACAUUUUGAAUAAAAGUAACUUCCACGGA